AUGGCCACCAUCAUUCUGGGCUCCCAGUGGGGAGACGAGGGCAAGGGCAAGCUCACCGACAUCCUCUGCCCCGAGGUGCGCCUUUGCGCCAGAGCCGCUGGCGGCCACAACGCUGGACACUCCAUUGUGGCGAAUGGAGUCUCUUACAGCUUCCACCUUCUUCCGUCCGGCCUGGUCAACCCCAACUGCGUCAACCUGAUCGGCUCCGGCGUCGUCUUCCACGUCCCCAGCUUCUUCAAGGAGCUUGCCGAGUUGGAAGAGAAGGGCCUCAAGACCGACAACCGCAUCCUGGUCUCCGACCGCUGCCAGGUCAACUUUGACCUCCACGCCGCCGUCGACGGCCUCGAGGAAGUCGAGCUCGGCGCGCGCAAGAUUGGCACCACCGGCCGCGGCAUUGGCCCCUCGUACAGCACCAAGGCCGCCCGCAGUGGUGUCCGCGUCCACGAAAUCUUCGACGAGGCCACCUUCGAGCGCAAGCUGCGCCAGCUCGCCAGCGGAUACAAGAAGCGCUUCGGCGACCUGCUCAAGUACGACGUCGAGGACGAGAUUGCGCGCUUCAAGGAGUACCGCCAGAAGCUUGCGCCCUACUGCAUCGACGCCGUCCAGUUCAUGAAGCAGGCCCAGGACAACAAUGAGAAGAUCCUCAUCGAGGGUGCCAACGCCCUCAUGCUGGACAUUGACUACGGCACCUACCCCUACGUCACCAGCAGCAACACCGGUCUCGGCGGCGUCGUCACCGGCCUGGCCCUCAACCCCACCAAGAUCGACCGCGUCAUCGGCGUCGUCAAGGCCUACACCACGCGCGUCGGCGAGGGCAUCUUCAAGACCGAGGACCUCGGCGAGGCCGGCACCAAGCUGCAGGAGAUUGGCCGCGAGUGGGGUGUCAGCACCGGCCGCAAGCGCCGCUGCGGCUGGCUCGACCUCGUCGUCCUCAAGUACUCGGUCUCCAUCAACCACUACACGGCCCUCAACCUGACGAAGCUCGAUGUGCUGGACACAUUCCCUGUCCUCAAGGUGGCUGUCGCCUACAAGUCCCCCGAGGGCGAGGAGCUCGACUACUUCCCCGCCGACCUGGCCUUCCUCGAGAAGUGCGAGGUCGUGUACAAGGAAUUUGAGGGCUGGCAAAAGCCCACGACCCACGCCAAGACCUACUACGACCUGCCUAAGCAGGCUCGCGAGUACAUCGAGUUCAUCGAACAGUACACUGGUGUCAAGAUUAGCUGGAUCGGCACCGGACCCUCGCGCGACGACAUGAUUACUCGCGCGCAGUAA